UGCAAUACCAAAACCUGAAGAACAGUUUAGAUACCAAAUGUGCGUUGCGAUUCCGUAUCUUAAUUUUGUAGUAUAUAUGGAAUCCCAGCAAAGAACCAAGAUUUGGUCUCAGCAACAUGCUAAGAAACCUUGCUAAAAGUACUCUUUCACUUGGUCGUCCUCUUCUUACUAGAUCCUUUAUUGUUCCCACUCGUGCCACAUAUCGCCCUAGUUUUGUAUCCAACAUGAGUACCAAGACAGUCAUUAAUAGCCCCAAACUUUCUAGCGCUGGCCCUUACAAUCAAGCUAUUAAGGCCAACGGAACAAUCUAUUGCUCAGGCCAAAUCCCCGUAAAGGAUGGAAAGGUCGUUGAGGGUUGUGUCGGCACUCAAACUCGUCAAUGCCUUUCAAACUUGGAAGAAGUUUUGAAGGAAGCUGGUUCCGGCUUGGAAAAGAUUGUCAAGAUUAAUAUCUUCCUAGCUGACAUGGGUGACUUUGCUACCGUGAACAAGGCUUACGCUGAAGUACUUCCUGAUCCUAAGCCUGCUCGUUCUUGCGUAGCUGUCAAGACUCUUCCUCUUGAAGCUCAAGGUGUCAAGAUUGAAAUUGAGUGCAUUGCUGCCGAGUAAAUUGCUACUCACAUGGCUACUCAUACUUUGACUUUCUCCUUGCCGAUCAUCGCUUCUUUUUGUGUAUGUCUUGGCGGAAUUCUCAACGCAUAGCUUUUUUGAUUUUCUGCUCUUGUUAUAAUAACAAGGAAAUAAAUAAUACGUAUUUCAAUUCUCUUGAUUUUUAUCCUUCUUUAUCAUCCAAA